AUGCUCUACGACCUCAACAUCGCGUGGACGCCGUCCACGCCGGCCGCCGACCUCGAGCGCACGCUCAAGACGAGCCUCGCCUUGGGCUACUCGGUCGUCGCCCUCAACUACCACCUCCAGCCCCCGAUCUCCGCAGCCCAGAGCACGACCUGCGCCAUCCCAGACCCGUCCACCCUGCCCUUCGCCCAGUCUCUCAUCGCGGCCCCGUCCACCACCUCCUCCUCCUCCUCCUCAUCAUCAUCAUCAAGAACCAACGCCGCCGGCGCCGCCACGGCAAACGGCAAGCUGCGCGCCGUCCUGCGCCGCGUCACCGUCUCGACCGCCGACAAGGCCGCCAACUACCGGCUGCCCACGCUGGCCGCGGCCUACGACGUGCUCGCCCUGCGCCCGACGACCGAGGACGCCUUCAACGCCGCCUGCACGGGCACCGGCGCCGCCGCCGACGCCGUCAGCCUCAUCUCGCUCGACCUCGCCGCCCACCUCGGCUUCCACUUCCGGCCCAAGCCGUGCAUGGCCGCCGUCGCCCGCGGCGUGCGCUUCGAGGUCUGCUACGCGCAGGGGGUCGGCGCGAGCGGCGCCGCCGACCCGCGCGCGCGGUCCCUCUUCAUCGGCCACCUGGCCGGGCUCGUGCGGGCGACGAGGGGCCGCGGCAUCGUCGUGAGCAGCGAGGCCAGGAGCGCGCUCGACCUGCGGGCCCCCGCGGACGUGGUCAACCUCUUGGCCGUGUGGGGUCUCGGCCCGGAGAGGGGCGCCGAGGCGCUGGGCGUGAACCCGCGCGCCGUGGUCAUGAACGAAGGGCUGAAGAGGAGCGGGUUCAGGGGCGUCGUGGACGUUGUUCAGAGCGCUGUUGCGCCGCCUGGGCAGAAUAUGAAGGCGGCGGCUGCUGAUGGCCGCGAGAACAAGAAGGAGGAGGGAGGGAGAGAAAAGGCUGCGAACGGCGAGACGAAAAGUGCCCAGCAGAAUGGUGGGAAGCAGGGAACGAAACGCAAAGUCGUGGAAGAUGGAGCGGAUGGGACCGAUGCAAACGGUGACGCCAAGCCGUUGAGCAAGCGUCAGGCAAAGAAGCUCCGACGGGCCCAGCAGCAGCAACAGCAGCAGAACAACACUAUAGAGAAGAAAGUCGCAUCAUAA